AACCAUCAACUGCUAUUAUUACUAUGAAGAAUGGCUUCCAAGCAGCUGGAAUUGGACGUUUUAGAAAAUUGGGAAGAAAUUGAUGAGACUGAUGUGUUGGAACAAAAAUUAAGAAACCUUUUACCUCCUAAUAAUGAGUUACAGAAUAGAAGUUUUAAGUGCAAUGGUAAUGCAAAUGGAACAACGGCAAUAAGAAUAACAUUAACUGGGGAAGAUGCCUUAAGAUCUCAGUAUGUGCCUCCAGAACCUACCGUAAAAAUUUUGAAAAGGCCCAGUGAAGGUACUCAUGUACAAAAUGAUUUUAAAAUAGUUCAACCCAAAAAAACUUUACAACAGAGGGAACAGGAGUAUGCAGAAGCUAGGCUUAGGAUUUUAGGAGAGGCACGAAUGUCUGAUAAAACAGAAGAAAAAGUAAGCACAAUUCAAAUUAAGCCUUCCAGAUCUAAUGAAUUACCCAAUGUAAUUCGGUUACCAAAGGGACCAGAUGGUACAAAAGGUUUCAAAAUUCGGAGAUAGCACACUAU